AUGAAUUCCCUCGACGCCAUUCUCGCCAAGCACACCGCCGCUGUUGGCCAAGAAGACACAACGGACAAACUCCUUGGCGCGACUUUCUUCGUCGUCAAUAAAGAUGGAAUCCUGUACAGCGGCUCAGCUGGCCGCAGAGAUCAUGCGCUGGACUCCCCCCCAUGGGAUGCCGGCACGUUCACAUUCGUUGCAUCCAUGACGAAAAUAAUCACGGCUACUAGUAUAAUGCAGCUUGUUGAGCGCGGCUUGGUUGGGUUGGAUGAUGAUAUACGCGAUUUGGCACCCCAGCUGAAACAGAUGCCAAUUCUUCGAGGCUUUACUAGCGAAGAAGAGCCAAUUCUUGAAGAUCACGACACACCCAUUAGCCUCAGGACACUGCUCACCCAUUCUGCGGGCCUGAGCUACGAUGCUAUGGACCCUAGCCUUCAAAGAUGGCUGAAGGCGACUAGCCGUAAACCGAGCCCUCAAUGGAGUCUCGAAAGCUUCAUCACACCCUUUGUGUUUAAACCUGGUGAAAGCUGGUGUUAUGGUACAGCUAUAGACUGGGUAGGUUUCGUCCUGGAGAAAAUUACAGGCAAGACCCUCGGCGAGUACAUGACCGAGGACAUAUUCGAGCCUCUGGGCAUGAAGGAUACCGGCUUCUGGCCCGAGAAACUUCCCCACAUCUCGGGACGGAUUUCCGGAUGGGCCUACAGGGACGGUGAUAAAUCCACACUUGGUCCCGGCCCGCAGCCAUUUCCAACAGAGCACGAGGUUGAAAGUGGUGGCGCUGGCCUUCAUACCACGGCACAGGACUACGCCAAGUUUCUCCACGCACUACUUACAAAUAAGAUCGUAAGCAAGGAGACGGUGGACGAGAUGUUCCGGCCACAGUUCAACGAUGAGCUGGCCAAGGUGCAGACGGAAAUUUCUUUGCAGUUGAACGCCACACCUCAGUUCGAGCCAAACAUGAAACUUAACCACGGGCUUACUGGGUUCAUCAAUAUGGGAGAUGCGCCUGGGAAGCGCAAAAAGGGUAGCAUGACAUGGAGUGGUAUGUGCAACAGUCACUGGUGGAUGGACCGCGAGUCAGGCAUCGCAGCUGCGCUGUUCGUGCAAAUUCUCCCUUUUGGGGAUCCAAUCGUUAUCAGGCUGUAUGAUGAAUUGGAGAGGGCCGUGUACAGCGAACUUCUUCCGCACGGAAAAAAAUGCUGA